CACAAAACCUCAAACUUGAAAAUUUAAAAUAUAAAUAAUAAAAAAUAAAUAGUUAAUAUCAUUUUAUAUCAUCUUUUUUUUAUAGGAGUAUGUAUAUACCUGUUUAUUUAAAAUGGUCCAGCCUUGUAUUUCCCAUUUCCCACUUAUUUGUCGUUUUUGUUUGAUGAAAACAUCCAAGUCUGAUGAUUUAAGAAAAAUUUCCGAUGUUCCUUCUAUAGACAUAUUCAGGGUAUUAACUGGUAUUGAGAAUAAUGACGAUUUGCCCCAAAAAAUAUGCAUCGUUUGUAUCCAGACAUUUCAAUCUUUUUCCACUUUUGUUGAAACAUCAAAACAGAACAUUGAGAGAUUGAAAACUCUCUGUGAAAAAGUGAACAAUGAUGAAAACCAGUGUGAAGAAUUUGAGAAUGAAACAUUAAUACCAAAAAAUAAUUCAAAACCCAGAACAUUAACAUGUAAAAAUUGUAAGGCAGUAUUUGAUAACAAAUCAGAAAUAAAACUACACAGUGCACAAUGUGUUAAAUGCACACCAAUUGAUUAUAAAUGCUUAGAAUGCAAUAAAGUUUUCAAAAAGCUUCCUAGAUUAAAAGUACAUGAGAGAAGUCAUACACAAGAAGCUCCUUAUAAAUGCACACAAUGUGACAAAACAUUUCGGUUUCAACAAAAUUUAAAAAGACAUUUACUAAUACAUCGAGGUGUUAAAAAGUUUAAGUGUGAAGAGUGUGGAAAAACUUUUUCGAGACUUCAUGUCUUAAACGAUCACAAAAACAUCCACACUGGACACAAUCCCUAUAUUUGCAAUUACUGCGGCAAAGGCUUUAAACGAUACGCCAAUCAUUUUAUUCAUGUUCACAGACAUAAAUUGCUUAAUGGGGAAAUAAAGGACACUGAAGACCAAAAAUUGUAUUUGCAGAUACAGUGCAAAAUUUGCAAAAAAAUAUUUGCCAGUAGGGGGGGAUUGGAAAAUCAUUUGAUUUUACAUCAAAAAGAACCAAAGGAGAAACGGUUCUUGUGCACCUAUUGCGGGAAAGGUUUUAACACAAACUCUCAACUUGUCUCACACAGAAGAACACAUACGGAUCAAAGACCCUUUGAAUGUUGUUUGUGUGAAAAAAAGUUCAAACAGAAAAGUGCCUACAAUAAUCACCAGCUGAUGCAUACGGGCGAGAAAUCGCACCAGUGCACAAUUUGCCAGAGGCUGUUUGGCCAAUCUGCACAUUUGAAAGUGCACAUGCGAGUGCAUAGUGGCGAGAAACCUUUCAAUUGUAGUUUUUGCGAGAAGAAGUUUGCUUUGAGAAGCAAUUUGAAGGUCCAUACAAGAACUCAUACUGGUGAAAAGCCGUAUGUUUGUCCAUUAUGCGACAAGAGCUAUUACGAUUCAACUGGUUUGAAAAAACAUAUGAAAACUCAUAAUAGUAAAGAGGCAUCAAAUAGUGAUGUAAAAUAGCAUGUCAUGUAAUCUAUUUUUCAAUAAGAUAUUUGGUAAUCUUCGCCGUUUUUAGUUGUUUUUUGGAUAAUUAUUAUUUAUUUAUCAACAGGACAGUUUCCCUAAUUAUAAUAAUAAUAAUAAUAAUUUCCCAAUAAUAAGGUUAUUUUGAAUUGUGUAAAAUACCAAAUACCUAAAUUUUGGAAUUGUAAGUUCAGUUUUGAGAAGAUGUAAAUUAAAAUCCAAAAUAGUUAUUUUAAAUUUGGAAAACAACAAAUUAAAUUUGGGAUGGUAAUUUUAAUUUUGGAAAAUAUAACUUGUAAAUGGUAAAAGUAGGGUUGCCACAUGGCCGGGAUUUUCCUGGAUUGUCCAGAAAGUAACUGUGUAGUCCCACAUCCCUGAUUCAUAUUUUUUAAUCCCGGAAAAUCGCUCUUUUUAAUAGUUUUGUUUCAACCACAGUUUUUUCAACCCAGCAGUAGUGAACUGUAUAUUUAACAUUCUCACCGCCAGGAAUCUGC